UACUGGAACGAAUACCUCCUCACGCGUCCCACCUACCCCGCCUCCUUCUACAACCAGAUCUACAACUACCAUGCAUCAGCCUCACCCUCCUCCACAGCACCAACCUUCACCGUAGCCCACGACAUCGGCGCCGGCCCCGGCCACGUCGCACUCGCCCUCUCCCACAAAUUCUCCCACGUCAACGUCAGCGACAUCGACCCCCGCCACCUCACCUACGCCAGAAACCUGCACAGCUCCAAUUCCAAUUCCCCCCGCCAAUUCACAUACACCCUCACCCGCGCCGAACACCUCGCCACGCACUUCCCCCCAGCCUCCGCCGACCUGAUCAUCAGCGCCCUCAUGUUCCCGCUCCUCCCCUCCCCCGCCGCCGCUCUACGGAGCAUCCACACCGUCCUCAAACCCCACGGCGCCGGAACCCUCGCCAUCGCCUUCUACGGCCUCCCGCACUUCUCCGACCCAGCCCUCGCCGCCGAGUGCCAGCCACUGCUGGACGGGAUCGUGGACCGGCUGUACCGCGCCGUCAUCCAGCGCGGCCCCGCGGCGCAGCGCGCAGGCUUCAAGCGCGAGGCCGAUGCCGUGGCGAGCUGGUUGGAUUGUCUUGCUUUUCCGGCGGGCGAGUGGCGCGCGGUCGAGAGACAUAAGUGGAAUCGAGGGUGGGCGCGGUUGGGGUUCUUUUCGGGCUGGGCGGGCGGGUUUGUGGUUGAGAGGCCCGUGAGUCGGGUGCGGUGGGGCCUGGAAAAGGUGGUGGAGGUAGAGGAUCGUGGGCUGUGGCGCAGGGAUUGGGAUGUGCGGGAGUUGAGGCGGUUUGUGGGGGGGUUGGUGCCGGCUGAGCGGGUGGAGGGGGUCGAGGAUGCGGGGGCUUGGAGGGUGUUGGAGGGGGUGAUGAGGACGGGGGUGAAGAGGGCGUUUUCGUGGCCGGUUGUUUUGGUUUUGGCGAAGAGG